AUUAGAUAAAGAAGUAAUGGAGACCAAAGAAAAGAAAGGCAUUGUAGUCAGACCUGAUGCUUUAAGUAGCAUUGCUAUUUGUGAAUCUGUAAACAUUCCUAGUGAUGAUGAAGAGUUCGAUAAUAUAUCUGAGGAUGAACUGCCUUAUCGUGCCCCUUGUCAUAUCGCAGAUUCAGAUCUUUCAAAUUCUUCACUGGUGGCUAUUUUACAGGCCAAGCUAGAGAGACUUGAAUAUGAAGCAGAGUCUUUACAGGAAGAAAAUGAACAACUUUUACAAGAGAAUAAAUUCUAAACACCAAGACCAAAAGUCCAAAACAGCCUCUCUCGAAGCCCAGCUCCUCCAACUCCAAGAAGCCAACAUCCUCCAAACCCAGACCUCCACCCACAAAAUCACCACCCUCCUUGCCACAAUAGAGUCCAUGCAGAAGACCAGCGCCCAAAAAGAGGCUGAAAUCGAACUCCUGAAAACCACCAGUGCAAAAGUAGAAGAAACUGAACAGAAAGUGAAGGAUUGUGAAGAAGAGAUUGAGAGAUUGAAGGAAGAGAAUGAGAGGUUGGAGGUACUAAUGGCUGAGAGAGAGGAGAUGUUGGAGAAGAGGGAGGUUGAGGUAAAAAAGAGGGUGGAGAAGAAUGGAAUUAAGUAUGAGGGAACUUUGGAAAAGAUUGAUAACUUAAUUGUAAGAAAUAAUGAGCUAGAGGAAUCUAUGAAGAGAAUAUUUUCUGAGAAUACUCGACUAAAGAAAGAAAUCAACAUUUCAAAGGAAGAUAUCUCUCAGCUUGAAGAAAAAUUCUCAAGCAAGAUGCAAGAAACUGAAAGAUACAAAGAACAGGUAGACUCUCUCACAGAGCGACUCAAAGAGGGAAAUGAACAGAAAGAAAUACUGUUGCAAGAAAAUGCUGAACUUCAACAAAUGAUUCAAACUCUUGAAGAAAAAUGUCAAAUGUUCAAAGAAAAAGUUCAAAGUAAGAAAGAGAAGCUAGCUAAAGCUAAGACUAAAAAGAAUGAUCUGAAAGAAGAAAUUGAAAGUCUCCUUAACCAGUUGAUUGAGGCUAGAGAUGAAGUAAGCUCACUACAGCAGCAACUUGACGAGCAAAGUCAAAAGAAUACUGAAGAUAUUGAGGAUUAUAACAAGCUUUUUGAAAAAUUUAACAAAUCAAAAAAGUGGAAGGCGAAGUAUAAGGCUCUCAAGGAACAAGUUGAGCAAUAUUACUCUGAGUCUGAGACUGAGCAGGAAAUUCCAGAAGAGCUGGAGGAAAUAGAAAAUCAGCAAGAUCAUGAAGAAAUUGACUACCAAGAAGAAAUCCAAGAUCAGGAAGAGUAGGAAGCCCAAGAAGAUCAAAUAUAACAAAUUCUUCAAUCAAAGAUCAAUUUU